CUGUGCCUCUUCGCAGCUGUGUUGUCAAAGCGACGGCUGGCUGAAAGUUUUCUACUUCGCAAGGGGAGGAUCAGUGGAGAGCAGACAGAAGGAGCAGCUGCUCCUUUGACUGGCACCUGGAAAAGGCGAAGGAGGACACUGAGGAAGCAGGGCAGCACAAUUCAGACAGAACUGCAGGGAUGGGAGUCUCGCUCUAGUGAUGAGUCGAUCCGAACUCAAAGCCCGUUUCCUGGGGGACAAUUAGAGAAUCAGCCUUGAUGGACACUGUGUCCAGAAAGUCGGCAGUGAUGAUGCCAGUCACGACUGUGGUGGCACCUUUGUCACGCUAGCCUUGCACCAGAGUGGAGACACACUUCACCGUCACGUCACAGCUGCCCUGCUCCCCAAGGCCUCGCCUUCUCAAGAUGUUCGGAUUAUACUGGGAGCGGCACAGAUGCCAGGGAGCACCAUCAUGGUCAAUGUGACACUCAAUGCCACACGGGAGCAGAACCAGGUGCAGUACAACUACCUGGCCCUGGUGUUGGGAGUCCCACUGGUUCUCAUCAUCAUCCUGGGGAACGUGCUGGUGUGCCUGAGUGUACUGACGGAGCGCUCUCUGAAGACCGCCACCAACUACUUCAUCGUCAGCCUGGCCGUGGCUGACCUGCUUCUGGCCGUACUCGUUCUGCCGCUCUACGUGUACUCGGAGUUCCUGGGCGGCAUAUGGACCCUGAACACCUACGUCUGCGAUGCUCUAAUGACCAUGGACGUGAUGCUCUGCACAGCAUCCAUCCUAAACCUCUGCGCCAUCAGCGUGGACAGGUACAUCGCUGUGGUGUCCCCUCUGAAGUACAACAGGAACCAGUUCAGCAUGAGGCAGCUUCUCCUGAUCACGGCCACUUGGGUCCUGUCCUUCGUGGUGGCGAGUCCCGUCAUCUUUGGCCUGAAUCAGGUGCCCGGACGGGAUGCCAGCGUGUGUAAGCUGGAGGAUGACAGCUUUGUGGUCUACUCGUCCGUCUGCUCUUUCUUUGUGCCUUGCCCCGUCAUGCUGCUCCUUUACUACUGGAUGUUCCGAGGAUUGAGGCGCUGGGGCGCCAGCCGCAAGGCCAAGUUGGCGCGGGGCGAGCGGCGCUUCUCGCUGGGUCUUCGCGGCCCCCGGCGCGAGCGCAAGGCCAAGUACCUGGUGCCCGGCUUUAGCCCCACUGAGACUGGCCCGGGACCCACGCCCGAGAGCGACCCCAUCACCGGUCAGGCGGACAGCGCGUCAGACGCAGAGGGUCCCGAGCGGCCCCCAGACAGCAGCCCUGGGGAGAACGGGCUGCAGGGACACGUCUCCGGCUCUGGAAGGGGCUCCAGUAGCAGCCGAGUUAGCGGCCGGGAGCGCAAGGCCAUGAAGGUCCUGCCUGUGGUUGUGGGUGUAUUUCUGGCGUGUUGGACCCCUUUCUUUGUGGUUCACGUCACCAAGGUUCUCUGCGUGCCCUGCGACAUCGGGCCAACGCUGAUCAGCGUGGUGACCUGGCUGGGUUACGUCAACAGCGCCGUGAACCCCAUCAUCUACACGGCCUUCAACACAGAGUUCCGGAAGGUCUUUCAGAAGCUCCUGUGCUGUCAAACAUGAGGAGCACCGGCCGUGACUCUGGUUCUGGUGCACAUGGCGCUGUGCCGUCAAUGCCUUUAGGUGACGUCAUCGUGAAGCGAGGCAUGCGUGAUGCACAUACAUACGUCUUCAAACUAUGCCGUGUAAUUGCUGUAAAAUAUCGCUUGAAUGCAGUAGAAAAAUAACUAUUGAAACCUUAGCCCAGAGGCAUAAAAUAUGUGGAAAAAAGUUUGUUUGUACUCAAUUUGUGCAAGUUUCUUUGGAAAAACAGUGUAAUCGUCCUGUUUUGUUCUCUCCUCCAUAACAACGUACUAAUUUUAAUUGAAAGAAGGUCCAGCAUCACUCCUUGCAUUAUCGAUUCAAUAUAAAGAAAAUUUUGUUACCCCAUGAGUUUGAUUCAGGAGCUUCCAGUGACAGCAGAGGCAAAAAUAUUGUGGUCAACAAGUGUGUCUGUCUUCUGAUCUACUAUUACAAUGUUACAAAGCUUGCAGGGAUGAUGGGGGCUCAAUGAAGUUCAAAUCCAGGGGGUUUGGGUUUGAUAUUUCCUGAGCAGAGAACUUUGCCCCAUGGCUCAGUCCCGCAGCUUUCUGGAAGCCUGGCACCCUGUCUCCUUGUUUCCAAGUUUCCAUUCUCUAAGUCUCCAUGUCUUGGUUCCUAUGCUGCAGUUCCACAGUUCACCAGAAUGGUACUCUUCUAGCACACCUUGCUCUGGAACCUUCUGCCAAGUCAGCAGCCCCAAGUCCUGGUAGUUGCCUGUUUCCUGAGAUGUUCUACCCUAUGGACUCAGGGACUGUAAAGCAGAACACUUGGCAAUACAGGUGGGAAGGUCCAGUUUGGGGUCUAUUCUCAUGUUGGAUCAAUACAGUGUCUUUACCACACUCCUUGUGUGCUGUCCAGCUGUGAAAAGAGGUUUUUGAGGUUUUGUGGAUGACAUCAAGUAUUGUUCUGAUGAAGAUAUUAUAUGUUAACAAAACGAUUUUUAUCAAUGGUGGAAAUAAAAGGAAAAAUGUUCUAAAGGGAUAUGGAAAUAUAAAUAUUUACUUUUUGAUGAAUUUGAGAAUAUGACUUGUGCAUCUAAGACACCAUGCGAAGUAUUAUGGUAUGUGAGACUUUUUUCCCGGUCAUUAAGAGACAAUGAUUCUGUAAACAACAUUGGACUUGCUGUGCUUUGAUGCUGUGACUUUUCCCCUAUACUCUGCAAGACCAUUCUUCUUCUAAAAAGGCAUUUUCUUAAAGCAGGAACUGGGUUGACAUUUAACCAACAUGCCAGACAGACACGUAAAUUCACCAGCCAUCUGCGUCAUGAUCCUCACUCUGAUUAGGAAGCAUGGAGCUCAUAAGGACACAGAAAAAUAAGUGCAUUAAAACAGUAUUUCCCAACCCAGUUUUUGGGGACUCACAGACGUUCUACAUUUCUGCUCCCUGCCAGACAGUUCACAGUUUUGCUACUGGGAGCUGGGAGGGAGCAAAAACCUGCACUAUCUGUAGGUUUCCGAAGACCAGAUAGGGUAACACUGCAUUAAAUGACUGGAGACAGGCACUAUACCCAACUAUAUCCAACAACAAAAUAGAAUAGCUAAAGCUAUUAGCUAUAGUCACUUGCUAUGGUUAUUGCAGAAGCUUCCAGGUAGAAUGUAAAUCAUAAAUGGCAUUCUAAAUCUCCACAAUCCAGGAUACUUCCGCAGAUCUGGCACAGUUUGUUUGUCUGUGACAGGCGCCUAGGUGAUGCCACACAAAAAUAGACUUGAAUGAGGAACUGUACAAAACCUUGGCCGGGGGGGGUUGGGGUAACCAAGGUAACCAGUCAUAAUGAAGAGGUAUAGAGGCAGUACUUUAGGACAAGGGGGCCCAGUGGAUACAUUCCCACCCAGCCUCUUAACAUUACUAAUUUCCAUUCCUUUUAUUUGAUUAUCAGUUGGCACAGCAGAAACGUAUGCAAAGAGCUAAGCUUUUAUCAAGCUUAUCUUCACGCAGAUGAAUUUUACACAAAAUUCAUGGAGAGGUGGAGGAGCGAUUAUGACUUCAGCUCUAACCCAAUGAUAUCAGGUCCCACUGAUGACCACUGACUCCUACUAACACUCUGCAGUGAAAAUAUUCUACAUCAAUACACAUUAGUAUUACAUUAUGAAUGAUUGAACAAAUUCAAAGAGCAACAUCAAAGUUAAAGUGGACAAGCUUGCCUGGGCUAUAGUGGGAAUUGUGUUUUGACUACAGGGGUUCGCUUUGCACAUUGAAAAUAAUGACUCCAGAAUGAAUCCCGGGGCAGCAUGGUCAGUCAAUGGGGAGGCCUAGUACUUCCUGGAAUGGGCUCCAGGCUCAAUGAGACCCAAUAUUCAAUAAGCCACUAAGAAGAAAGAUGAAUAAAAAAUAUAAUAUAAAACUGGAUUGAUACAGAAAAGAGUAGCAUGGCCCCUAAGCAAGGAUGGCAUACAAAUUUGUGAAGGCUAAUAUUCUGGAGGCAAUGUGUGACAAUGAGUUAAGAUACUGUGAUUGGAAGGUUACUAGUUCAAAUCCCAUAGUCGGCAGAGUGAUAUUGAGCAUGAGCGCUAACGCCGGAUGCUCCAGGCACCAGCUGGUCCUGCUUUUUUUGUUGUACCUUGCUUUGCAUAAAAGUAGCCAAUUGCACUUGCUCCUCACCUUCAGGACUGGGGCUUCAGAUCCCAGCUUGUUCUCUGCUCUUGUUCUCUGUGCUUGUUCUCUGCUGUGUGAGUUUCUUCCUGCAGUCA